AUAUACUGCUCACAAAAAUUGAAGGAACACUUUUUCUAUUGGGUCUGGCAUGAAUUGAAUCAAACCUGUCUGAUAAUUUUCAUCAGCAGCUGAGUGAUUGAUCUGGCUGGAUUUAAUUAAUAAAAAUCGAUUAAUUUGAUUUAUUGCUACACACCUAUGUAUUUUAGUCAAUAAUUUCUGUUUUCAACAUCCAACUCCUUUACUUUGAGGGUGUAGUUAUUUUUAUGUCCACUGGAUGUCGCUGUCCCACCACACAGCCCUUACGGAAGGCAGGCAGACCUGACCAUUUGGCUUGCAGCUUCGGGUCAGGUGCAAAAGAAUGGAUGACUGGCUUUCAAGCCGGCAUCCUCCUUCCUGAUUGGACAGAAAGGUGUGGGAGAAAAAAAAAGAAAAAAAAGGAGGUUGAUCGGAGCCGCCAGCAGCAGUUUAUCCCCCCUCAGUCCCCGCUGACUGUGCCGGUUCUGCUGAAACUGAGAUGUGACUGCUCACCGGAGGAAGGCAGACCAUCAUUCCGUGGGAUUUUCCCCCCGUUUCUUUUCUUUUCUUUCCAGCCGGAUCAUGGGGAAGGACGGAUGGAGAGUCAUGUCGGGCUUGCCGGCUACUUGGGUUGUGAUUCUGGUCUGUGUGGUUCCUCCUGUGAGCGCAGUGGAAGAGACAGUGAUGGACACGAGGACCGCGACAGCUGAGCUCGGCUGGAUAUCGUUUCCUGCCAAUGGAUGGGAAGAGGUGAGCGGGUAUGACGAGAACCUCAACACCAUCCGGACGUACCAGGUGUGCAACGUGUUUGAGCCCAGCCAGAACAACUGGCUGCUCACCACGUACAUCGACCGGCGGGCCGCACAACGCAUAUACGUGGAGAUCCGCUUCACCGUACGGGAUUGCGCCUCCAUUCCCAAUGUGCUGGGCUCCUGCAAGGAGACGUUCAACCUCUACUACCUGGAAACAGACAGGAGUGAAACAGCAGGCAACAAAGGGGUGGAAUACUGGGCAAACGCCCCAUUUCUAAAGGUGGACACCAUAGCAGCAGAUGAGAGCUUCUCCCAGGUUGACUUUGGAGGGAGACUGAUGAAGGUGAACACAGAGGUGCGGAGUUUUGGCCCGUUGUCCAAAGGAAGAGGGUUCCAUCUGGCCUUCCAGGACCUGGGAGCCUGCAUGUCCCUUCUGGCUGUUAGAGUUUUCUACAAGAAAUGUCCCAGCAUCGUGCAGAACUUUGCUUAUUUCCCAGAGACGCUGACAGGAGCAGAAUCCACCUCAUUAGUCAUUGCCAGAGGAAGCUGCAUAGAAAACGCAGAGGAGGUGGACGUGCCCAUAAAGCUCUACUGUAACGGAGACGGAGAGUGGAUGGUCCCCAUCGGCAGCUGCAGCUGCAAAGCAGGCUAUGAACCAGACAGCGGCAACGUCUGUCGAGCUUGUCCUCAGGGCACCUUUAAGUCGUCCCAAGGGGCGGGAUUAUGCCAGCAGUGUCCAUUCAACAGUCGCUCCACCAUCGAAGCUGCCACCCUCUGUGGCUGUCGGAAUGGAUAUUAUCGGGGGGACACGGAGAAACCAGAGGACAUGUGCACUAGCGUCCCCUCAGCUCCUCGCAAUCUGGUCUCUGUGGUGAACCAGACAUCGGUACUGCUGGAGUGGCACCCACCCCGAGAGAUCGGACAUCGAGAUGACUUGUCUUAUAACGUGUUAUGCCGGCGGUGCCACAGCAGCGAGCGUCGGACGUGCCAGCCAUGUGACGACAACGUGGUGUUUGUUCCAGGAAAGCAGGGCUUGAAGGGAACGAGAGUGGAGAUCAGCAAGCUCCGAGCUCACAUGUCGUACACCUUCGAAAUCCAGGCGGUCAACGGAGUGUCCAACAAGAGCCCUUACCCCGCCCAGCAGCUGUCAAUCAACAUAACGACCAAUCAAGCUGCUCCCUCUGUGGUUCCCAUAAUGCACCAAGUGAGCUCAACAAGCCGCAGCUUCUCGCUGUCUUGGCCGCCACCGGAACAGCCCAACGGGAUUAUCCUGGACUACGAGAUCCGAUACUACGACAAGUCCCAAUCAUCACUGCUGAACAGCUCUGUGGUCCUGACUGAUACGCCUAACGUGGUUCUGGAGGGCCUGAGGCCCGGGACGGGUUAUGUGGUCCAGGUGAGGGCCCGCACCGUCGCUGGUUAUGGAGCCUACAGCAAGGAAAUGCUCUUCCAAACCCUCACUGACGAUGAGUAUAAAUCCGAGCUCGGACAGCAGCUCACCCUGAUCGCCGGCUCUUUGGUAGGCGGAGUGUGCAUCGUCUCACUGGUUGCUGUCACCAUCAUCUGUACAAGGAGGAGACAGCUGAAGGAGAGCGUGUUCGGUGACAAGCUGCAGCAGUACAACACAGGAGGAGAGGGAAAUCUGAGACCAGACAUGUUCAGCGGUCCAGCCCCCACCGUGACCUUUCCCACCCUGUCCGAGGGUCGUGGCUCACCGGGGGUCAAGAUAUACAUUGACCCUUUUACCUAUGAAGACCCCAACGAGGCAGUGCGGGAGUUCGCCAAAGAGAUCGACCCGUCAUGUGUCAAAAUAGAGGAGGUCAUCGGAUCAGGGGAGUUUGGAGAGGUGUACAGGGGUCGCCUCAAACCCGUGGGGAAAAAGGAGAUCUUGGUGGCCAUCAAGACCUUGAAGGUGGGCUACUCCGAGAGGCAGAGGAGAGACUUCUUGGCCGAGGCGUCAAUCAUGGGUCAGUUUGACCAGCCCAACAUCAUCCGGCUGGAGGGCGUGGUCACCAAGAGCAGACCUACCAUGAUCAUCACGGAGUUUAUGGAGAACGGAGCGCUGGACUCAUUUUUGAGGCAAAAUGACGGGCAGUUCCCAGUAAUCCAGCUGGUUGGUAUGCUGAGGGGGAUCGCAUCUGGAAUGAGGUAUCUGGCGGAGAUGAGUUACGUUCACCGGGACCUGGCAGCCCGAAACAUUCUGGUCAACAGUAACCUGGUGUGUAAGGUGUCCGACUUUGGCUUGUCACGUUAUUUGGAGGAAGACACGUCCGACCCCACCUACACCAGCACUCUGGGAGGUAAAAUCCCGGUGCGGUGGACGGCUCCGGAGGCCAUCGCCUACAGGAAGUUCACGUCUGCCUCAGAUGUCUGGAGUUACGGCAUCGUCACCUGGGAGGUGAUGUCAUACGGAGAAAGGCCUUACUGGGACAUGAGCAACCAAGAUGUGAUAAACGCCAUUGAGCAGGACUUCAGGCUGCCCGCUCCCAUGGACUGUCCAGUUGUGCUGCACCAGCUGAUGCUGGACUGCUGGCAGAAGGACAGGAACGCACGGCCAAAGUUCCCCGAUAUUGUCAGCAUGCUGGACAAAAUGAUCCGCAACCCUGCGUCGCUCAAAGCCGGAUCCAACAACAUGCCCCCUGGCCCUCCUCAUCAUCCCUUAUUAGACCGGGGAGCUCCAGACCUGAGCAGGGUGAGCUCAGUGGAGGACUGGCUGGCUGCUCUGAAGAUGACACAGUACAGAGACUCCUUCAUCGGGUCGGGCUUCACGUCUUUGCCUCUCGUCACACAAAUUACUGCUGAGGAUCUGCAGCGGAUCGGAGUGGCCCUCGCUGGACAUCAGAAGAAAAUACUGACCAGUGUUCAGUCAAUGAGGCACCACACCGAUGAUCAGUCUCCCACUGAGUCGGUUUAACCACGUUUGAGAUAAUCACGCCAGUCUGUGAGGGAGCAUAUUUCUGUUCAAGUCACUGAAGCUCACCUGCAUUUCCUGCUUUAUGGGAUCAACAUUUGUCACUUUUUUUAAGUCUGAAUCAAAAGAAAGUAAAACAAACAGAAGCAAGUGACUGUUUUGAAAGACAAAAACAUCCAUCAUCUCCAAAAGAAUCCCUCAGAAUCAGCUUUUAAGAUGACUCCAAUCACAGAUCUCUGCAGGCAGUUUCUACCAAACUAGCUUGCUUUUUGGAAGACAGGGUGUGUUCUCAAUGAAGGAUAAAUCACAUAAAUAUAUAAAUAAAAACAAAACAGAAAAAAAUGACACAAAUGGGACCACAAGCCUGGAUAAAAGGUCUUUCAAACUGUUUGUGGAGACAGGAACAGCAGCUGGCCUUGUUAUCUGCAGCAUGUCAUGUUGUGACUUCUCCAUCGUGUUUAAAUGGGACCUUUUUUUGAACCUCUCUUCAUGUUGAAGAGUCUGUAAAUAUGAUAUUGGAAGAAAAUUUCCACUUUGCUCAAUGGUUCUGAUUUUAGCAAAUGUUCUGUCUGUUUUUACGAGAGUAUUUGUGAUCUUUUUGGUGGUUUUCUUUGCUCAUGGCUUAAACAAAUCAAGUGUACACUUUGCAGUAUUAAGAGAGAAAGCAGCUUAAGACAUUGUCUGAAUUGCAACAUUGGUGGUCUCCAGCCAGCACAACCAGAAAAUCUCUGAAAAAGGUAUUGUCAUCCAAUGUUCUAGUGAUUUGGCAGCAAAAUCCGUGAGCUGGGAGCCAGUCGAUGCAUAAAUACAGUGCAUGAACCAACCCAGAAUCCAUUGCUCAUGUUCAGUCCACACACAGAGAGCAAAUCUCAUUUCUGCCUAAAGUGUAUGGCUGCCGUCCAGAUGGCAAUCAUCACUCUGCUGCGGGCUGUCUGGCAGGCUCCUUUGUAUUCUCUCUCUUUUUAUUUUUUUAUUUUAUUUUAUUCACUGGCUCCUGAACGUUCCUGUGUUGACUGUCUCAUUUCCAAAAUGACAUCUCUGAUUAUUACUGCAGUGUCUGUCUGCAGAUGAAAACUGGGUGAAGGGACCUGCUUUCUUGUUGAAUUGUGGACACAAACUUUUUAAAAAAGCACCUGACAGAUUUACAAGACUGAUUGCUAACUAUAAUUCAGAAAAGGAAAAAACAAAUUGACAGCUUGUUGAAUAGUUCAUAGUUGAACCCAAUCCCUCUUAUCUUGCACGCACAAAUGUAUCCUUUCCAGUUGCUCCCACUGAAAAUUGUCCUUUUAUUUGUCGUCUGGCUCCAAGAGGACAGACGGUGACAGUUGUUUGCUUUCUCUGAUGCACAGCUCUGACACGUCCCACCAAACUGUGUGUUUGUGUUCGUUUCGCAGCGCUGCUCGGCAGUGCGGGAACACCCCAAAGGCUUUUUUUUUCCUAUCAAAAUUUUAUUUAUGAACACUGUGACAUUGAGAGGUCUGCGGCGGUCUUACAGCUCUGAACAUUUCAGUUUCCACUUUGUCGUAGAAACUCUGCCCUGGUGGUGCAGGUCUGGUUGCAUGUGUUGCUCAGCAUUGGUUGUUUAUUGAACAUUUUGUUGUAAUUAAUAUAUUCAGGAAACAGACUUUGACAGGGCUCAGAGAUUUUAAUAAAGAAUUGGUAAAUUUGAUUAAAAUCAGGCAUUUAAUUGUGACAAAGAUAAAAGCAAUAUCUUCAUCAAAUAACUUAAAUUUGAACUUUGAAGAGUUAUUUAGUGAUAAAAACAGUGAAUGGAGUAAAGACACUAAAGAAAGUACGGGAUAGUUUCACAACAUAUAUUGAACUCUGAGAUUAGAAGCAGGAGAGAGAGCAUGAUGAGCCCGCCCAUUGUUGCAGGAAAGGCAGAAGGAUUGGCUAGAACUUCAAAGUACUGAACGGAGUUGAAGUGAUUGACAUGUCCUACGACAAAUAGGUUAAACUAUGCAGCAAAAUGCGUAGCCGAUUCCAACAGCUUCUUUAUGUUUUGGUAGAACCGAAUGAGUCAUAACGAUUCCUACAUGGAAACGAUUUUCGGUGCCCAUCCCUACUUCCAGCUAAUGAUGAUUUUAAUGUUGUUUGGUCGCCAUCUUGCCUCCAACCAGGUCCCUCUCUUAUUCCAAUGUUUACUUGGGCAUGUCUGCCACCCACAGUUGGAAUACGCUUGAUGUAAAAUGUCAAAGCGGUGCAAAUCUCUUAAUCUGGGCACAAAAUGGAAACAGUUUGGUUCAUUGCUAGCAUCCUUGCAAUGAUGGAUAUGGAUGACCGUAAUGUCAGACGAGUGGUCUGGCUCUUUAUCUUUAUUUAAAAAACAAACCCAGACGCCGUCAGCCUCGUCACUAUAUCUGGGUUUACUAGAUUACCAAAUCCAUAUGCCACUGCCAAAUCGAUGUCCCUGAUUGGUCAAAGUUCUAUCAGGUUUAACUGGCAGUGCCAGAGAUUUUGUUAAUAAAACCAGAAAACAAUCAUAAAAACUUGUGUAGCUAGAUCUGAAUGAAAGAGUUUUGACCACAGAAGAUUAAUAACAUAGACUUGUCAUUGGAAGUGGCCGCUUAAAUGUGCGUUGCCAAGGGUGGUGUGAAAGGAGCUUGACAGUUAGCACGAUUAUGCACCAAACCCACAUAAAUGCUUUUGCAGCUAAAUUUUAGAAAAUGCUAGAAAUAUUUUCCUGAAGAGUCAGACAAAAUAAUUAAGGCCUUUGGGUAAAAAAAUAUUCAUAAUUCUUCUCUGUUGGUUUUCUUACAGAACAGAAAUAAAAAUACUAGCAUGUUAAGCUAGCUCAGAUCUAUGCUACACAUAGAAUUGUUUUUUAUUACUAAUUUGGUUUCUAAUUAGAUUCUGUCUUUAGAGUUUGCAUUUGGAAAUGUGAGUCUUUUCCGAUCCACGACCUAUACACUCAAACACUAAACUCAAGUGUUAGCUGCUAAAAAAAAAAAAAAAAAAAACUUCCCGGGUGGCUUUUAUUCGUGUUCCUUGGACAAAAAUUUGAUUAGGCACUUGGCACCGCUAAUGGCACUUUGUUAAUCGGACCGAAGGAAGUUUACUUGUGAUGGACAGCACAAGACAGAUGGUUCACCCUUCUACCUGCCAAGUGGAAGUUUUUUUUGCCCUUUUUCUAAACACUUUCAAGCAACCAACACCCAGAUGGCUUCUUGUAACAAACCAUCUGGUGUGUCACUUUAGUUCAGUACUACAAACCGGUGUACUUGACUCAGCGGCUGCUGCUAGACUCCAGCAGAAUGCUAAAAAUGGCAGCGUGGUCAGCUUUGUGCUUGAGAGUAGGACCGUAAAGUCAGUACUUUCCAACCUGUUACCGUGCGGGCGCCGCUUCAGCUGCGUGCAGACCGAGCCUGAUUACUACUUUGGAGCAUUACAGAAGAGUUUAAUAAACACUCUGCAUAUUGACUGGCUCGAGUAUGAAGAGGCAAUUCAACACUUUAAUUUCCCAGCAGUGCUUCCCGUCAUUGCUGUUGCAUUGUUGUGCGUCUUGGCAUGUUGCUGCCACUUGGAAUAAUGUUAAAGCAUUGGCAGAAAAGUUCUGUGUGCAUUUUUUUGUGUGUUUGUACACAAAAAGCACCAGAAAGUCAUUUUUAUUACAGAAAAUGAGAAAAAUGUGGGGAUUUUAAAUAUAUUUUAAAGUCUAUGUUAUUUUUCUUUUUUUUGUUAAUUUUGUCCCAAAAUUCUACUUAGCUGGUGUGAGUCCUUGUGUGGGACCAAAACUAAUCUCCUUUGUAAAAAAUCUGCAUUUUAACACACUAGCUCUGAGUGAGCAGAGUUAGGACCAGAAUAAAAAAAUAUAUAUUUUGGUUCAUUUUUGAAUGACACAAAUGGCUGCUUCAGACCAAGACUCCAUGAGCAGUUCUGCUGGUUUGACAGCAAAACCUGUCUCUCACCACAGACGUUUAAAGCUGCGAACACACUGGUCAUGCAUUCAAGAACGCGCUGAAAACAGGUCUUUGAACUCACUUUUAGCAUACGGUGUUCACACUGGACUGUCGCUAGCUGAUACUAGUGAAUGUACUCACAGUUGAAAAAGGUUUGGUGCUAAAUGUUGAAGAGGUUUUGUGAAAAAGCGUAAAUAUAGAGCCUGAAAACAGACUAAAAAACGUGUGUAACGACGAGUGAGUGCUAGAGUUUUGAACGCGGAAGCCCAAAAUGCACUUUUAGCCACGUUCACGUAGACUUUUCAAUGACAGUGAUCGCUGGAACCAUAGACCGUAAAAAACAAGGUGUUGACAAAUAUCUUACCUCCAACCUUCCGGAAAUCAGGCCAAAUCUGUCUUCAUUGCUUCCUGAUUCUGGCACCGCCAUUUUGAAACCCGUCUUUAGUGAUUGGUCCGAGUCGGUCUGAGUCACAUUUUUAGGGGAACUACAGUCGCCAAUCAUGAGUGACGAUGUGUACCACAUGAUUUAUAGAGGCAUCGGAUUGGUCAGUUUAUAACUUGAAUCACUUGCAAUAAAGAAAUAAUAUCGUGAAAAAAAAAUGGGAUUAGACAGAAUAUGUUGAGAAGAAUGUAUCAGAAUAAGAAUGGCUAUUCUGACAAAUAAAAUGACAGUAAUAACUGUUGAUUUCUCAAUAGAAGUAGGAACCGGCAGGUACUUCCUAUUUGGAACCCAAAAGGGAAGGGUUGAACUGUCCAGUGUUUUUCUAAGUUUCCAGGCCCAGGUUGAACAAAGACAAACACUAUGUUCACAACAGGCAUGUCAUGUGCAUUCAAGAACAUGCACUGAACCUGCGGUGUUCACACCAGCAGCGGCAGAAAAGGUGUUUUGAAAAGUUUCCCGUCCACACAUCACUACCAAAUCCUUGUCCCUAAUUGGUCACAGUUCAGCUGUUUCGUAUUUUGGCAGUCAAAAGUUCAACUGGUUGAACUUCCAGUGUGUGAUCAAUUAAUUUGUUUUAAAGUCUAAGAUGCACGUGUAGGUGUAUUUACAUUACACUUUUCAUCAGAAGUGCACAUAAAGUUCCCACAUUUCCGAGCCUUGUGUGAAUUCAGAUUUUCAGACCAGCACCGGAGACAGUAUAAGAGAACAACAAAUCCGGCCCUGAAAUGAGAAGUGACUUUCUCCUGAGCUUUAAUGGAAGGAUCUUUUUUUCUUAAUUACAAGCAGAUCCCACAGCUUUAAGUGUGGGGCUGGAAAUGAUAGCAGGUGAGGGAUGACAAGUGAAAAAGUUAAAGGGAGCCGAAAGGACAAAGAUGAAAAGAAGAGAGCGGGAAAGAAGCUGGAGGUGGAGGAGGAGGAGGAGGAGGAGCGGCAGGCAAAGCUCUACUUGUGUUUGAAUAAAAAUGAGGCUGGGAGUGGAGAGAUUACUCUUUCUUUUUGUCUUUCACCCUCUGCUCUACCCAGCUUCUUCUUCCUGUGCCCAAAAACCUCUCUGAAUAACUCGCUCUGCUUCCAGUCCACAUUUCCACAGUCUGCUUUGAACUCAUAGCUGUUCUAUUUUCAAUGCACCCUUCACACUCAGCGUUUUGUGCCCUCUUAGACUUUUAUUGGAGAUUUUUUUUUUUUUAAAAAGCCCCUGCAGUACUUUGUUUUGCAGUUUUCAGAGGUGUUAAAGCACUCGUUACCUACUUUUCUCUGCACAUCCUAUCAGAUUUGAUCAAAUGGACCAGUCUGCUGUAAAAACACUGUUUUGUUAUUGAUUUUUUUUUUCUUUAACAUUCAUUGCUCAGAAAAAAAGAAGCUCCUGACUUUGUUUGCCCCUUAUCUUCUGGCUGUUUUCAUCUGAAAUUCCUCUGCAACUGUUGGAUGGAAUACCUUGAAAUUUGGAUCCUGUUCCCCCUCUGGAGGCUGUAAUAACUGCAGCUUUCAUCAUAACUGUAUCAAACUGUUUCUGCUCUGGUCUGCAACUGUGUUAAACACCAACUAUAGCAUUCUAGUACAACCUCUCAAAGCCAAAAGCCGUGCUAUUAAAAAAAAUGUAAUGAUGCCAAAACUGUGAAUAUACCCCUUAUUCUCCCAAAUUGAACCAAUAUUUCUUUUUUUUUUUUUUUUUAAAAAAAAAAGAUUUUGAGCUUCCUAUUUGUGUUUUGUCCAACAUCUGAUCCAAAAUUUUCUGUCUGCUUGCAUUUUUUGCAGAUUGGUUCAAGUUGCUUGCCAUCAAUUUUCAACACUUUUUAAUGUUUUUCUUUGUGAAAAAAGAAAGAAAAAAAUGGCUUAUUAACCAGCUUCCUUUCUCUGUUUACCUUCAAUACUGUUAUAAAUGUUCAAUGCUCACAGAGGUGGAGCAUCCGAUGUAUGAUAAGACUUUAACAUCACGCACAUCCAUGUGUGCCUGUGUAAAAUAAUGUGUGUGUGCUGUUCUGUGUACAGUGAAACGUUUGUACAUCGUGUGUGGGGGUUUGUAGCUGUAAACUUUCUGACAUUUACAAUGCACUGUUUGUCAAAUAAAGAAGACCAAUAAAAUGGAACUGAGUUAGUAAUUGAGUCUACUGGUGGUUAAAAGCAUUGCUUCCUGCCAAAUAAUUUAUAAAAGUAAACCUAAUUAUUGUAAAAUAAAUUAAUAAACGAAUAAAGGGGCGGUACAAAGCAUUUUACAACUCCUUUAGGGUACCAACGUGCUUCACAAUACAGUAAAGACAAAAGAGUCGACAAAUUAAGAAGAAAAAAUAGAAUAAAAUUAAAAAAUAUAUAUAAAAAAAGACAAAAUGAGAAUGCCAAAAAAAACAAGAAACAAUAAACUGAAAUGCUAAUGACUAUUGAGUAUUAAACACCAUUCUAAAAAAGUUACUUUUAAUUAAUAAUUUAAAACUGUUAAGAUGUGUUAUCAUGUGCAAUUCUGCAAAGUAAACUAGGGAAGGAACAUAAAAGAGCUUUGAAAACAAAAUUAAAAUGGAGCCAGUGAGGAAUUUAUUCCCCGACUUCGCACAUCCCAGAAAGAGUCAUUAAUAUUUGGCUACGUCAGGCUUUCUGGAAAACUAUAAAUGUUUGAGUUUAGACACACACUGCAAUUGUUACACUCUGUUACCUUACAAACUUACAAACUUAAACCAGCUCCACAGCAGAGAGGACAAAGUUGUGGCCCUCACAAGAAAAAGUUUGGGGGCCUUUGGUGUAGGGUAGUGGAGUUGCCAGCAACAUCUGUGCUUUUGGAAAUAGGACUUUGACUUAAAGACCCACUCCAAUGAAAAUUGUGUUUUAGGUGUUAUAUAAAAGAAUUUAAGAUUAAAACACUGUUUCUGAGUAUUUCUUAAUGCAAAUCGCGAUGAAGCAGGUGAAAACCUACAAUUUGAAAGCUCAGGUUUGUGAUUCAGCAACUACCAUGGGCGGGCCCAAGUCACUCUUCUCCGCUACAAUUCUGAUACAUCCACUUGCAAGCAAACAAAAUUUACCUGGUCUGAGCUGCCGUUCGGCUCAAAACUGUACAAAGUUGGAUAGCUCUGAUAUUGGUUCCCAUUUUUUUUCUUUUUUUUUUUUUUUUUUGAUACACUAAUGUUGGAUUUGUGAGGUGCUAAAAACUAGUGGUAGAGAGUGUAAACAAAGGAAUGCUACCACACCAACAGUUUGAUCCACAAACCAGAACUGAAUUUCUAAUAAUCUCCCGCUGCCCUGCAGAAACUAUGUCUUAAAAACAACACUAGCUUUUUGAUUUUGAUUAAAAACUACAUAAUCAGAAUAAAAAA